AGUCUCCCAACGACCCCCAUUCAGACAUCAGAAAAGGGAAAACAACAAGAACUGCUAAGAGAGAGAGAGAGAGAGAGAGAGAGAGAGAGAGGUUGGUUUGAUCAAGCAAGGCGAGGAAAUAAAAAAUGGGUUUUCUCGAACUCGGUAGUUAUGUGCCGCUGAAAGAUCUCAGAGUUGAAAUCAGUGAGGUUGAAGGAAGAGGAGCGAAUGGGGGUUUCACUCUGUGUUUCUGGCUUUACCUAAACAACGCCACUCCUCUACCUUCCGCAAUUCUUCUUCAGUGUACAUUGAAAAGCUCUCUCCCUACUGUUUCUGUGGCUUCUAAUGCUAUUUCGUGCAAACAAGUUCCUAGUGCAUCUAACAAAAAGCAAUUCCCAGUGAAGAAGUGGGUUCAUAUUUCUUGUGAGAUCUCACAGGUUCUUCUGCGACUUCACAUUGAUGGGGAGAUUAUUGGCGAAAUGCAUUCAACUUCCCCUGUUAAUAGUGAUUUGCAUUCUGAUAUUUCAAGAAAGGUAUCCCUCUGUUGCAUAAAGGGAAACAAUGGUGGGUUGCAAGGAUACAUAUAUGGUUUAGGAAUCUUUUCCGAAGUGCCUUCUAUUCAAAGCCACUGCUUUAAGGACAGCCCAAUACAACUAUCCAUUGAUAGUUCUAGUGCCUAUGAAAUUGAUGAAGAUGUUGAUGGUGUAUGGAACAUUGUUGGUGGGAAGGCAUCUUGUCGCAAGAAGUUUUCAUUAGACGUGAUGCUACUGGACGCCCUUGGAAGGCCAGUAAACGAAGAAGGGGAGGUUGUUGCUUCACUUGUGUAUGCCGAUUCAGAAGAACCUGUUGAGAAGCCAUCUGAUGCUGAAGCUCCACUCCUUUCAAGUUAUGAUGGAGUUGAAUCCACUUCAUCUGAUAGACCAAGCAAACUGAUUCAGGGGCGUGCUUCUUUUAAGCUCAAGAUAUCUCAGCUCUCUUCCAAGUGUAAUAAUAGGCUCUUCCGUGUUAAGUUUUACAUUCCGAAGAUGGGCAGAUAUCCUUUUUUUGAGGCGCUCUCCACACCAAUUCGAUGUGUAUCCCGGUGCCGUCCCGUAAGGUCAUCUUCUUCAACAUGGAAGAAGUCACCGUCUUCUAUCCAUUCAUUAAAUAGAUCCCAAUCUCCUGUGUUGGAUGGUGGAGCAUCUGAUGUUCUCCAUAACAUUGUUCAUGAAGCAAAGCAGAGUCCUUCAUCAAAGCGAGUGAAAUUAGGGCAAGAUAUAUCUCUCUCACUUUUGAAGGAUGAGGAUGAUUGUAUGUUGAAGGAAGCUGAGGUGGAAUCAAGCUCUCAUGUCUGGACCACUACUAAUGAGGACAAUGUUGCAUGUGUGAACGGUAUUGUGGGGAGGGAAGAAAGUCAUGAAGAUGGAGCAGAGAACUUUUCAUCUGAUUCUGAGAACAGUGAAGCAACAAAUUUAGUUCCAGGAAACUUCUCUCCUCGCAUGGGUCCAAUUUCAGAUCUGGUGGUUUUCAAAUAUUGCAUUGGUGGCGUCAGUGAGAGGUGUGGUCUGCUCAAGGAACUCACGUUGACUUAUGAAGAUGAGGCACUUGGUAGCUUUUCCGAGCAGGUUUCUUUGUUCACUGGAUGUUCACAUCACAAGCGCCAAAUACUAAUGUCGAAGAGACUUAUUGACAUUGGUAUCAAGUGUUGGACCUUGAUAUCAAAAAACAGCGAAAAUGUCCUCUGGGAUGAUAUGAUAUCCGGGCUUAAGGACCAUUUCUUGAAGUUAACAUUCUGUAGAACAAGAUGCUUAACAAGACAGGACUUUGAGAUUUUGAGAAGAAUAGCGGGUUGUCAAGACAUGACAGUUUGUCAAGAAAACUUUGAAAAGAUGUGGUGCUGGUUGUAUCCCGUAGCUUUUACAUUGUCUCAGAAACAGAGUAAUUCAUUGUGGAGUAGUGUGUCACCUAAGUGGAUUGAAGGAUUUAUCACCAAGGAAGAAGCUGAGUCUUCCCUUCGACAAGGCCCUGGAGGAGGAGGAGGUCUCCAGCCCCCGGGAACUUUCAUAUUGCGUUUUCCUACGUCAAGGAGCUGGCCCCACCCUGAUGCCGGAACUCUCCUUGUCACUUAUGUCGCUACUGACUAUACCAUUCAUCACCGCCUCUUGUCUCCUGAUUACUAUCUUUACAGUUCCAAAGAAAUGUCCGAUCGAUCUAUACAAGAAAUGCUGCUUACAGAGCCCGAGUUGUCUUGCUUGGGAAGGGCCAUGAGAAGGCAAUAGUUGGUUUGAAAUUCAACUUGUUGCCUAUAUAGCAGUCUCGAGAGAUUGAUCGGAUGAUCUCAUACGUACAAAAUGCUUCCUAUGUCAUUGGUCACGGCUUAAACCGGAGGAAAAUUGAGGUGAAGAAACCGGAGGAAAAUUGAGGUGAAGGUGUGGCUGCAUGAUUAUGAUGGGAAGAGGGAGUGAGAGCAUAUUCCUUGUAUAUCUUAGACUAAAACUUAUAUGUCACAUUAUUGGGGUGCUUAUUUGUAAACAUAACCUAACACUCCGAUCCGCGUAGCCCGGAUACACGGACCAACAGAUCGGGUUGUCACUAAAAUGAUAUCCCAACACGCAACUUUUCUCUUCUUUAUACUCUAUAUAUCCAUAAAAAUAUUAAGUUAUUUUACUCCCAAUACACUACCAAACCUUUCCCAAAAGACUAGAAGAAGUUAGAGCCAACAAGAGUUCGUUUAGAGCCCGUUUAAGCUCCAUAACACCUCUAAAGUCUCGGUUCCUUACUAGUCUUCAACAACUCCGUUUCACUUUCUCUCUCGAACUCGAGGUGAUGUAGCUGGAACAAGUGGAAGUGCAGGACAUGGCAAUUAAAUCCGUUUUGAUAAAUACGGUUAUGUGUUUAUUUAUUUGCUUGAAUAAAAAGUUUGUAUUUUA